CUAGAAACAAGUUCUAAGACGAUCAGAGUCGGAAAAUCGUAGUGGAGCGAUCUCCAUCUCUCGCGCGCAGGAAGACGUUUCAAGUGAGCCGAACGUUAAAAGCGUAGCGCUGCGUUGCGUCUUACCUGACCUCUACGACUACUGGCCAUGCAAAGCCCAUUAGUUGAAAGCGCUUGCUUGAUUGUCGGCAACAUACUACUUUAUUUCUGCCUCAAGGACCCAAAUAAGGGUUUCACAAAGGAGGACCGAGUCCAAAAUGAUAUCCAAGGUGCCAGUGGGUUCAUUAGGUUACUCCUGAUGAAAUACUCCUUCCUCCUCUUCACUUUCACGGAGCUGUGUCUUUGCCUGAUGCCGCGCCCAACUCAUCCGUACUUCCUAGUCGUACGCCCUGGAACGCUUGAGAACCUACCCCUUGGUUUAUCGCUUGCCCACAAAUAUUCAUCCCUCGCAUCCAGUCUUCGUCUCUUGAGCUUCCCUAUCUUCGUUGCGAGUGGUGCAUUUCGUCUCUGGGCGAUGCACACUCUCGGAGAAUUUUUCACAUUCACACUCUCUAUACGUGAAGGCCACAAACUGAUCUCUGAUGGUCCUUACGCCUACGUGCGCAAUCCAAGUUAUACUGGGCUCUACGGAUUUAUUGGCAGCGGCACCAUCAUCAUGAUUACAAGCGAGCUGGCUGAAAGAAUUGUUGGCCUCAGAACCACCUUGACUCAAACCGGCUGGCUAGGGACAACACUUUUGACCAUUUCGGGAAUCACCGCCAUUCGUAUCGCUCAUCGAAAUGUUAUAGCCCCACGAAUCAAGAAUGAAGAGACGAUGCUUGAGGGCACAUUUGGGCCUGAAUGGGAGGAGUAUACGAAGAAGGUCCCAUAUAGGGUUCUACCGCAUGUUUGGUGAGGUUGAGGCUCUGGAUUUCAGAUUUUGGUGUGCCCUUUUCUUGCCCAUUCGAUGACUGUCCCUCUCCUAUCCGUGGCAAAUGGAGUGAGAUCUAAGCGCAGCGGUCUCGGAAGGUGUAUACUAGAGUACCAUUCCCCCGCUUGCCCCUUAUUGUCUGAUAAAUGGGCUGUAUAGCUACCCCGAGGUUUAUAUACGUAAUUUACAGUUCUCGGC